AUGGCUACCACCGAAACACACACACGCGAUGCUGUUGCUAAACACAACUCCAUUGAUGAUUUGUGGUGCAUUAUUGAUCACUCUGUCUAUGAUUUGACGGACUUCGUCGACGCGCACCCCGGCGGCUCAGUCGUCCUCGAGCAGUUCGCCGGCACAGACGCCACAACCGCAUUCUACAACCUGCACCGGCAAGAAGUAUUGACAAAAUACUCCAGCCUAUGCAUCGGCACCAUCGACGGCGAAACCCCCGAAGUCAUCGUCCCGCAAAUCGGCGACCUAAGCCCCGUCCCCUACGCCGAACCCCUCUGGCUCCGCCCGCAGUUCAAAAGCCCGUACUACACCGCCAGCCACCGCGCGCUGCAGCGCAAAAUCCGCGAGUUUGUCGACGAGCACCUCGGGCCCGAGGGCCGCGCGCUGGAGAAAAGCGGCGAGUAUAUCAGCCAAGGCAUGAUUGACCGCAUGGCCGCGAACCAUAUGCUGGCCAUGCGCCUCGGGCCGGGGAAACAUCUGCAUGGGAAGAAUCUGCUGGGUGUUAUGCAGGGCGAGGAGUUUGAUUACCUGCAUGAUCUUGUGUUUGCGCAGGAGGGCGCGCGGGUUAAUGCACGCGGGUUCCAGGAUGGGAAUAUGUCUGGUAUGGUGAUUUCGCUUACGGCUGUGCUGCAGUGGAUGCCUGAAGGCGACUUGAAAGAUAGGAUUGCGCGGGAGGUGUUGAGUGGGCAGAAGAAGAUCUGCCUUGCGAUUACGGAGGCGUUUGCUGGGUCUGAUGUUGCGGGGUUGAAGACUACGGCUGAGAAGACGGAGGAUGGGAAGCAUUAUGUUAUUCGGGGCACGAAGAAGUGGAUUACUAACGGCAUGUUUUGCGAUUACUUCGUCACUGGGUGCAAGACGGAGAAGGGGUUUAGUGUUAUUGUUGUGCCGCGCGAUGAGACGGUCGAGACGAAGCAGAUUAAGACUAGCUAUUCUACGACGGCGGCGACGGCGUUUGUGGAGUUUAAUAAUACGGUUGUGCCGGUGGAUCAUUUGCUCGGGAGGGAGGAUAAUGGGUUUACGGUUAUUAUGUCGAACUUCAACCACGAGCGCUUCAUGAUGGUCUGCGCCGUGGCGCGCAACAUGCGCACCGUGACGGAGGAAUGCAUGAAAUGGUGCAACCAGCGCAUAGUCUUUGGAAAGAAACUCAUCGAUCAGCCUGUUAUACGCGCAAAACUAGCACGCAUGCUCGGCCUCGUCGAAUCCACCCAAGCCUGGCUAGAAUCCACCGCCUACCAAAUGAACCACAUGUCCUACGCCGACCAAGCAAAGCACCUCGGCGGUCCCAUCGGCCUGCUCAAAGCGCACGCCACGCGCGCCGCGCAGGAAAUCGCCUCCGAGGGCGUUAAUAUUUUCGGUGGCCGCGGGCUGACGCAGUCUGGUAUGGGGAAGGUGAUUGAGGAGUUUCAUCGCACGUAUAAAUUUGAUGCGAUUUUGGGCGGGACGGAGGAGAUUUUGGGGGAUAUGGGGGUUAGGCAGGCGUUUAGGGGGUUUCCUAAGAUCCACCUUGCGCCACCCCCAUCCGUCAUCGCCAACCACAGCCUCAUCACCACGCAUUACAACACCACACCGCACUCACUCAACAACGCCACCACCACCGCCAUCAUGCGUCGCUCGUCCAGCAUCUCCAGCAUCAGCUCCAGCAGCUCCGACAGCGAGGACACAAUGCAGAUCUUCGUCAAGAACGUAUCCGGCACAAGCACAAUCCCCCUCUCCAUCCCCCCAAACACAUCCAUAUCCACGCUGCGCACCCUCCUCGCGCUCCGCACCAACCUCGCCGAGCCCUCCGACCUGCGCCUCGUGCACGCCGGCAAGCACCUCACCUCGCCCUCCACAACGCUAGCCGACUACGCCAUCGCGCCCAACUCGACCCUGCACAUGGCGCUGCCCCUGCGCGGCGGCAUGCCGCCCAAGAAAAUCCGCUGCUCGUUCAAACAGUGCAAGGACGCUGCCCAGCGCAUCGUCGGCGACUGCGGCUUCUGCGACGGCCAUUACUGCGGCAAGCACCGGUUGUUGGAAGAUCAUAAGUGUGAGGGUCUGGAGGAUUGUAAGAAGGAGAGCCAUGAGAGGAAUGCGGAGAGGCUGAAUAGUGAGCGGACUGUGGCUAUUAAGGGCGUUUGA